AUGAAGUGCUGUCUUAUCUUUGCACUCCUGAGUGUACCUGGAAUCAUCCUGGUUGAAAAUUCUAAUGCUGACAAGUUGAACUUAGCAGAAGAUUUUACUCUUCCUUACAUGGUCUAUCUGCAGUCCUUCCCAGAGCCCUGCGUGGGGUGUCUCAUUCAUCCUGAGUGGGUACUGACCGCUGCUCACUGCCCCUUACCCGUUAAAAUCCGACUGGGAGUUUAUCAACCCGACAUCGAAAAUAAGAGAGAGCAGAUACGGAAUUACUCACUGACUGUGCCCUACCCUGAAUUCGACGUGCACUCUCUGAACAAUGACCUGAUGAUGAUAAAACUGUCUAAGGCUGCUGGACUCAAUAGCCACGUGGGAACCAUAGCCAUAGCUUUGGAACCCUUAUCCUUUAACGAUUCCUGCUUUAUCCCAACCUGGACCUGGAGUAAAUAUAAAAACCUUACUGACCCUGACAUCCUGACUUGGAUAAACCAGUAUAAGCUUCCCUUUGAUGACUGCCAGAAUAUGCAAGACGAAAGAAUGGCGAUAAACAUCAUGUGUGUGGGACGGCCUCUAAAGACACUAGCUGAAAAUAAGGAAGUUUCAGCAGCUCCAGCCAUCUGCGAUGGGAGGGUGCAUGGAAUCUUGUCCUGGGCAAAAGGAAGUGUCACUCUAGGAAGUGAGGGGUUCUUCACAGAAGUUAAUCCUUAUGCAAGAUGGAUCAUGAAAAUCAUUGAGACCUACUAA